GCGAGAAGAGAGCGGAGCCUUGACUGGUGGUAGUGCCGGUAAACGGUUCCAGUCGGUGGCGAGGAGGCGUCUCACGGGCGCCAUGCCAAGCCCGUUCUCGGUCGGAAGCUUCCCCGUGAGCAUCCCCGCGGUGAUCAUGGAGACAGACUGGACUGAACCAUGGCUACUGGGGCUCGCCCUGUUCCACGUUCUCUGCCUGUUCCUCACAUGCUUCUCAUCACAAAGGUAUAAACUACAAAUUGGACACUUUCUGUGCCUAGUGGUGUUGGUCUAUUGUGCUGAAUAUAUUAAUGAAGUGGCUGCAAUGAACUGGAGAUUAUUUUCAAAAUACCAGUACUUUGACUCCCGAGGGAUGUUCAUCUCCAUCGUGUUCUCAGCACCAUUGCUGUUCAAUGCAAUGGUCAUUGUGAUUAUGUGGGUACGCAAGACAUUGAAUAUAAUGACUGACCUGAAGAACUUGCAAGAAAGUAGAAAAGAGAAGAAAAAGAGAAGAAAGGAGUAAUGGCAGAGCUGUUGCUUUGGAUCUUGUAUUAAUUUUUCCCUCUGCCUUGGUUAUUUCCAUUGUGAAGGUGGGUGUGGCCCAAGUACCCUUUAUUAGCUGACUUAUGGUUUGGAAAAUGGUAUUUGGAUUUGAUAUUCACAAUGGUUGGAGCAUUCCUUAAGGCUUUCUCCUAAAACCAGCAUCAGUCUGUCACCAGAAUGUUUACUGAACUUGAAUCCAUCUUUAGCAUGCUUGGUUCUUUCUGGUUCUGCCAUGGGAAGAAGUGAAAAGUCCUGCACAGUCCAGCACCAUGUGCUGAUACAUCUCACUAUGUAACAAUUCAGCUGUAAAGACUCACUCAAUUUUGAGUAUAGGAACUGAAAUAAACAAUACCAUCCUCCUGUGGUACCGUCACCUGGUCAUCUUAAUGUUUCCAGCUUGCAGUGGCUCUUGGGGUGGUUUUGCCCCUUGGAACUUCUAAUACAGUUUGGUGGAACUUGCCUGUCGCCAGAGGUGGAUAUAGUGCUUCUUUCUAGUGAGUAAUGCCCGUGAAGUUGCCAAAAUCUUCAGGGCACAGAAGAACCCCCACCAGGCAGCAUUGUCCCGCACAUAAUGUCAGCUCUACCCAGGUUGAGCAGCCUAUGAGAAAGGUCUGAAAAGAAUUCAGUAUGUCUCAGUUACCAUGAGGCAAGGCCUCUAAGGAACAGAGUUGGGUCUCAGCCAUUGGAAAGUUUUUUGUUUUAAAAUACUGAGACAGAAUAAAAGCUGUAAAGUUGAGACUGCAUGGAAGACAUGUUGAAUGAACUGUUUAGUUUUGUUUUUGUUUUUUUGGUGUUUUUUGCCAGAUGUAAAAGUACAUAUACAGGCAUACAUAGUGAACAAUUUAGCUGUCUCCACACAGUCUAUGACAAGCACAAAUAGUUUCUGUUCUUCCUGAGGUUACAUCUUGUGCAGUUACAGUCUGUUGAACAAGGAGUAGGACAUACUGUCAUUGUACUUAUGCUCUGUUGGACAUACUCAGCCCUGGAACAUGGAGCAGUGGUCAGGGAUGACAGGUGACCAGAGACCCAGACAUAAAAAUAGUAUUCAGUAAGGGCGAUGCUGGGACUCUUAGCCUUAGUUUAAAGAAAUAGUGUGUGAAUUGUGUCAUGGAUUUUAGUAGGUUUUUUUUCUUGCUAUAAAGUUCUUUAAAAAAUCUAAAUGAAAGUAUUUAAAAAUCUAAAAGUAGACAGAUUGAUAAAGUCCAAAAGAAUGUUCUGAAAUCCAGAUAUGUAAAUUUUUAAAUUGUUAAGAGUGUCAAGCUCCUGGUAGAGAGUCUGCUGAUCAGGAUCUCAGGGAAGCCUCUGCAACUUCUGAUCUGAAUUAGGUUUCCUGUCCUUCCCCAACUGGUUACUCAUUCACAUCGAACACCAAAAUAAAUAAAUAAAAAUAAUAAUAGUACGAGUGACCAUAUGAAGUUACAGACAUUGUGUCUGAGGAUUUAUCGUUGUAUCUGCAUUUCUGAAAGUUGCUAGUUUAAUGUGCUAAAUCAUUAUGGCUCUAAGAGAAAGAGUUUACAAGUCCCCAGUUUGCUUCACAGAAAACGAAAAGAAUGAAUGACUGUGACUGAACAAAGCUAUAAUAAGAUAAUGGUGAGUAGGUAUGGAGCUUGCUAACAAGUCUGUUCCCCUCAGGUCUUUGUAUCCAAAACUGGUUAAGCAGAGUGGCUCAGAAUGGUUCAGGCAUCUGAGUUCUGGCAUCAUCCACCUCAGCUUUGUGGGCAUUGAGUGUGGCUAGGAAGAGAGCAAUCCAGGCAUUAGGGAAUUUGCAUUUGUCACAAUUAAGACAUUAUACUGUCAGGCUUCGGACCAUUGGACUGAAUUUAGUUUUCCUCUGAUAAAAUUGUCCAAUAGUAUUUGUUUUGUACUGAGUUGGUGUUUAUAACUGAGACUGUAUAUAACCAUGACCUUGGCUUUGGUGCUUUCUGUACCUACCUAUGCUUAGUUUUUCAGGCAGUUGUAUGUUACAAAACAAAUGUUUUAUCUUUUCAGUGAAGCUCAUGUUUGGUGGCUGCCUGGAACUUUCUUAAUAUCUUGUCCUGGGAAAACUGCAAGCCAGAAUUACUAACAAACAGUUGGGUAAUUCAUAAAACAUGCCUCAGGUUUGCAGAUGUGAGUAUGUUGUGGUCACUCUGCAGGGAAAGGUUCAUGGGUGAUGUGAUAAACUUAAGGAAACAAAUGCUCUUAUGGUACACUUAUGAACAAAGGGAAGGAAAGGCAUGUAAAAAUCUCUUACACAUUCCUGCCCUUAAAUUUGUUGAUUGUUAUACAAUAAAACAUGUUUCAUAAUAAA